UGAUGACCCAAUUAGCGCUUCAGUCUGCAAGAGAGAAAACAAACAUACAUUCUGACAUUGCCAAUUAAUUAUGCCAAAAAUUGAAAUUUGAAAGUCUUUAGCCAUUUGAGUUCAAUUCUCUCCCUACACUUUGCUGCUUGGACUGGCGAUUGCGGGAGGCUUUAGUUUCCCUUCUCUCCUCCUCUUAUCUCGAAAUCCUUAUCCAUAGCUACUCAUCGUUGUUUGUCUCCUUAAUCGCUUCCAUCAUUCACUCUCUCUUGCCCUCUUAAUUUGAUUUUUGUAUCGGUGGGUUUGGUAGUUGGGAUUUAUUGAGUUUCCUCCUCCGUUGAAACCCUAGAGUGAUCGCUGCGUGUAAUUCACACUCUUUCGAUUGAUUCGAGGGUUUUUCUUUAUUGGGUUUUAGUUUUUGCGGGUUUAAUUUAUCUGGGUUUGGUUAGUAUAGAUUAUCCUUUCGUACAAAUUUGUUUUUGGUAAAAGAAUGGCUCCGGGUUCUGUUCUUCUGGAGAUUUUGCAGAGACCUACAAUUGGGGAUGUUUUGAGUGAUCUAAUGAUAUUUAUGGCUCCUUUAUGGAUUGCGGUUAUUGUUGGUGUUCUUGUUGGGUGGACGUGGAAGCCGACAUGGGCCAAUUUAGGUCGGGAAAUGUUGAAUUCUUUCAUCUCGAAUGCGUCUAGAGGGACUGCGUCGUCUUCUUCGGGAAGUCCAAUGGGCUUUGGCUGCUUUUCGAUGUUCAAAUCAUUGAAGUUUCAGUUACCAGGUUACAUUCCCUGGACGUCAGCUGACGAGGUUCCGAAGGAGGAUUUCUCUGUGCCACCUACCGACCUAUCCGAAUGCAGUGAGAGUUCAUCCGACCUCAAAAAGGAAAAACCAGGACUUGUGAAUGGAGAUGAUUUAGAGCAUUUAUGUAAGCUUGUAGAAGUUAAAGAUGGAGGUCCUGCUUGGAUUCGUAUGAUGGAUAGUUCUACCCCGACCAUGACCUAUCAAGCCUGGCGGAGAGAUCCUGAGACUGGUCCUCCACAAUAUCGUAGUAGUACUAUCUUUGAGAAUGCUACCCCAGAGAUGGUGAGGGAUUUCUUUUGGGAUGACGAGUUUAGAUUGAAAUGGGAUGACAUGAUUGUCUCUGCUGAAACUUUGGAGGAGUGCCCCAGUACAGGAAACAUGGUGGUCCAGUGGGUUCGCAAGUUUCCCUUCUUUUGUAGCGACAGAGAAUACAUUAUCGGGCGCAGAAUUUGGGAAUCAGGACACUUGUACUAUUGUGUCACCAAGGGAGUACCCUCCUCCACUGUGCCUAGACGCGACAAACCAAGACGUGUUGAUUUGUAUUAUUCAAGUUGGUGUGUCCGUGCAGUUGAAUCAAAAAGGGGGAAUGGCCAGCUUACUGCCUGUGAGGUGUUACUGUUCCAUCAUGAAGACAUGGGUAUACCUUGGGAAAUUGCUAAAAUCGGAGUGCGGCACGGUAUGUGGGGAGCUGUGAAAAAGAUUGACCGUGGCUUUCGUGCAUAUCAGAAGGAGAGAGCAUCAGGUGCCCCACCCUCGCACUGUGCUUUCAUGGCUCAAAUCAACACUAAAGUGAGUGCAGACAACUUGAGAUCCUUGGAGAGUGAUUCAAGUGGUUCAUCAGAUGAUGUAGUGAAGGAUUUGUCUGAGAAACCAUCGGGACAGAACAUACCUAAGCUGUUAGUUGUGGGUGGUGCACUGGUCCUUGCUUGUAGUCUCGACCGGGGGCUCUUGAGCAAAGCAGUUAUAUUCGGAGUAGCCCGAAGAUUUGCAAAUAUUGGAAAGAGAUUGUAAUUCAGGUAAAUGUUUCGAUUCAUAGCGAAGAUGAAGUAGAACUAUAUAGCAUGAAACACAGAAUCACAGAGAAGGAAUCAUGCAUAGAAAGUGUGUUAUAUAUAUGACUAUCGAAGAAGCAAAAGAAAAGGUGAAAUCUCUAUUUGGCUUGCUAUACAUUCAGACCAAAGAAGAACUAAUUUCUAUGAAGAACCAACGUUUCAAAGCAGUGCAAUCCAUCGAAGAAGGGUGCAAUCUCUACCACUUGAUGCUUCAUCUUCUUCUUAGCAUUAGUUACCAUUGAUGGGUUGUUGCCUUUGCUUGUGUCCUCUUUCAUUCCUGAGCUCUCAGAAUUGCUACUCACCGUCUUCAGCAAAGGAGGCAGAGCAAAACCAAGCUCAUAGCCAAAGUAGUCAGCGCAGAUGGCUUGGCGCAAUGAACCAAAGGCGGACAUUGUAACAAAUUGCAGUUCCAAAAAGGUUCAGGACUUGAAGAAGGAAAAACUGAAGAUUAAAGAUAAUUGAAAGGUGACUUGCUUAAAAAGCCCCUGAUGUGUAUGCAUGGAUAUAUAUAUAUAUAUAUAUAUAUAUAUGUUGUUUUCCAUUAAACAUAAAGAGUAGUUUACUUGCGCAUGAAUUCAUUGUUUUCCUUAUCCCUUCAGGGAAAUAGACUCCGCUAAAAGGAUUCCUAACUCAAUAUGGAAGACAACUAAAGACAAUAGCUUAUGUAUUUUUUUUUAAACGAGGGUGGGGAAUUCGAACCAUA